AAAAGAAAAAGAAAAAAGAAAAAAGACAAUCUCCAGAAGCCUAUGGACACCUUCUGGAUGAGAAUCUCCAGGAGGGUGGGGCCCGGGGGUCUGCAUUUCAUCACCUCUCACCAGCCCUGGGGUCAGGGUGAGAGCCACUGCCUUAGGUUCUUGAAUGACAGCUCUGAGUGGGGGUGGGAGAGAGCCAGGGGGCUGUGAGCACCACAGUUAAGAUGGUGGAGAGUGGCAGGACAAUUAUGGGGGCAAAAAGAGGACUGGCUGGGGAACAGACAGGCAUUGAUGUCCUUGGAUAUUCCAUGUGAUGCUUGUUCAGCUCUCAUUUAGGGCCUUGCAGACUUGAGCCAAGGCAUGUGCUAUCCACUAUGGUAUGUGUUGUGGGGGGCCAUGGCCAGUCUGUAAAUCGGCGUUUGGGUGAGUUUAUGCAAGUCGAUGUGAUUAAAGUGUGUGGUCGGCCUGUGUCAGCCCACACUCCGUAUCUGUAUCGGUCAGUUGUCAGUGUGUCCGUCUGCGUGUGUGUUCAUGUCUUUUCCUGGGUGUCUUGAGUGGCUCACCCACCUGUAGUGUGUGUGCGUGUGCAUGUGUGUUCCUGAGCCGCCUGGGCCCCUCUUGGCUAUAAUUCAACCUCUGUGGGUCCCAGGAAGUCAGCAUUUGGAGACAUGCUCGGAGCCUGGUAGGGAUGGGGCCGCGUUGCUGGGGAGGAAUAGAGGGAGGCAGGAGUGUGCACCGAGAGCCUGGCACUGCCGCUUCCCCGGGCAGGCGAGUCCCAACACAGGCAGACAGGUGGGGCUGGCCUGACAGGUUCCAGAGGCCAGGGGCAAUAGGGCGGAGCGUGGCUCUGAUUUAGGGUGGCAACAGUUUGGGGGCCCGCCACACACACAGCGAGCGGGCGGGCAGGAGGUGGUUCUGCCGGUCUCCUCUUCCUGCUGCAGCCAGCCCAGCGUGCGGGCCAUGGGCCCUGCUGGCGGGUGAGGCAGCCGCUGGGCAGGCAUGUUCGGAAGCCCAGGGCCUGGGAGCCUGGGAGCCCAGGGCAUGGCGGGACCCCUGCGGGGCCGGGUGGAGGAGCUGAAGCGGCCGUGGUGGCGGGAGAGCUCACCGCUGGUGCUGCGGCACAGCGAGGCGGCCCGGCUGGCGGCCGACGCCCUCCUGGAGCGGGGUGAGGCUGCCUACCUGCGGGUCAUCUCCGAGGAGCGGGAGCUGCCCUUCCUGAGCGCCCUGGAUGUGGACUACAUGACCAGCCAUGUGCGCGGGGGCCCUGACCUCAGCGAGGCCCAGGGGCAGGAGGCCUCGGGGCCAGACCGCCUCAGUCUGCUCUCCGAAGUCACCUCAGGCACUUACUUCCCCAUGGCCUCUGACAUAGACCCCCCGGACCUGGACCUGGGCUGGCCCGAGGUGCCACAGGCCACGGGCUUCAGCCCCACCCAGGCCGUGGUCCACUUCCAGAGGGACAAGGCCAAGAACAUCAAGGACUUGCUGCGCUUCCUCUUCAGCCAGGCCCGCACGGUAGUGGCUGUGGUGAUGGACAUAUUCACUGACAUGGAGCUUCUGUGUGACCUCAUGGAGGCCUCGAGCCGGCGUGGUGUCCCUGUGUACCUGCUCCUGGCCCAGGAGCACCUGAGGCACUUCCUGGAGAUGUGUUACAAGAUGGACCUCAAUGGGGGGCACCUGCCGAACAUGCGUGUGCGGAGCAUGUGUGGGGACACAUAUUGCAGCAAGGCUGGCCGCCGCUUCACGGGGCAGGCCCUGGAGAAGUUCGUCCUCAUCGACUGUGAGCAGGUGGUGGCAGGCAGCUACAGCUUCACCUGGCUUUGCAACCAGGCCCACACUAGCAUGGUGCUGCAGCUCAGGGGCCGCAUCGUGGAAGACUUUGACCGGGAGUUCCGCUGCCUGUACGCCGAGUCGCGGCCUGUGGAAGGCUUCUGCAGCGGUGAGGACCCACUGUCUCCCCGGGCACUGCGUCCUCCCCCCGUGGCCCUAGCCUUCAGGCCUGGCAUCCCAAGCCCCACAUCGUCCCCGCCCUCCAGCACCAGCCUCAGUAGCAUCAAGCGGUCACCACUUACGGGUCUCUCCUCCUGCCUCGCUCUACCAGGAGGUGGUGAUUGCAGUGACAUGGGCAUGGGGUCCUCGUCUCUGGGUCCCGCCCGCCAUGAGGCCCAUGGCCAGCCCUCCCUGCAUCGCCAACUGUCAGACCCUAACCAUGGCUCCCCUCCUGGGCUCUAUAGGGCCAACCUGGGCAAGCUAGGAUCAUACCCGUGGUCCCAGUCCUCCCCUGCCCUCAACCAUAAUAGUGCCAGCCCCUUGACCUUGGCAGUGGGGUCCCCUCUGCUUCCUCGCUCCCGGCCCCUCCUCCAGUUCCAUUGGGGUGUCCCAGCUAUGUCCCGGUUCCCAGAGAAUGGGCUCCCAGGAAGCCAAGAGCCCAGCCCCCUGCGGGGUCGAUGGGUACCUGGCACAGCCCUGGAGACAGUGGAGGAGAAGGAGAAGAAGGCAUCUCCAAGUCAGAUCCGUGGCCAGCUGGAUCUCCUUGUCCCCUUCCCCAGAGCCCGAGAAGUGAGAGACCCUGACUCUGGGGUUACCCCCAACUCAAGCCCCCUUCGGGCUGGCGAGCAGGCCCCAGAGGACAGGAGGUUGUCCCCAAGCCAGGCCAACAGCCAGCUGGAUCUUCUGUCCCGAGCCCUGGGUACUGGGGGUGCCCCUGAGUCAGGUUCCCUCAGACCUGCUGAUCGGGCCCUGGAGGACAGGAGGAUGUCCCUAAACCAUAGCCAUGGCCAAUCAGACCUCCUGGUGCAGUACCCCAAGGCCCAGGGCUCCAGAGUGCCCCUUGAAACCAACUCCUCAGUCAGACCUGCCAGACAGGGUCCAGAUGAGCGGCGGCAGACCCUGGGACACAGCCAGCUGGACCUCAUCACAAAGUUCGGCCCAUUCCGGGGUGAGGGGCCUGGGCCUAAUGGUCUUCCAAUACCAAGCCCUGCUCGCACGACUGGAGUGGGGUCUGGGGAUGAGAAACGGCUAACCCUGGGCCACAGCAAGCUGGACCUCAUCACCAAGUAUCAUCAGUUGCAAGGUGCCAGGCAGGCACCCGAGCCUGGGGCUCCCAAGGGUGGCCAUCUCAACGGUGGUAACAGUGACCUGGUCAGGGAUGAGAAACGGCUGACCCUGGGUCACAGCAAACUGGACCUCAUCACUAAGUACAACAAGUCCAAGUUCAAGCAGCUCCGAAGCCGCUUUGAGUCCUAGCCAAAGGACUGGCGUGGGGGUGCACUGGCAAGGGCAGGCCCCUCCUCUGUCCACCGAGACUCUGGACUUGCUCAGGUCCCAGACUGGGGAAGGGAGGUGUCUAGAAGCCCAGGUCAGACGCACUCUCUGGGCUCAAGAUUCUUGUGUACACACACACACACACACACACACACACACACACACACACACAGACCAGUAUAUUCUUGAAUCUAGGCUGUGUUUCCAGCCCUGUGCUGGGCAUACCAUAGAGCUGACAGGUGGGUCGACUCAGACCUGGGGACAGAGAUGAAAUGCACAAGCUGCUGGAGAAGGGGUCAGAGCCAUAACAAGUUAAAGGUUAACCAGUGACAGAGGGUGUUAGAAAACAAAGGGCAGAGAGUCAUGGAGAAGGUGGAGUAGUCAGAAAAGUUUCUUAGAGGAGACGGAGGUGGUCUUUGAGCCAGGCCUUGAAGGAUGGGGAGCUUUUGGACAGAGGGAGGAGAGAGUUAGAAAAAAUUUUGGUAGAGGGAAUCAGGUGAAGAGACACCCUAGAGAGGACUGAGUGGAUCUGACGUGAAUGAGGGAGGAGGAGCAGUGUAUGUCGAUACACAACCCCCCCCACACACACCAUCAUCAUCAUCAUCAUCAUCAUCAUCAUCAUCGUCAUCAUCUUGCUGAGUGUCUCUUGAAGUACAGGCUGUGACAGGUUGUGGGCCAUUUUCCUGAACUCACCACUUGCCCGGGACAGUAAACAUGAUACACAUCAAUAAAGGCAGACUUUAUUACAACCCACAGUGCCUGGUGUAUCCUGAACUUUGAGGAGUUAUGGGAGGGGCACGUUAGGGGAAUGGGAAGGGCACCAUUCAGGCCAAUUAUGGGGAGCCCCCUGGAGGAGGGUGAAUGCCUAAGGAGGAAUUGGGGGAGUCCAGGGGCUCCAAGCUACCACUGUGACAUUUUGAGAGAACCUAGGGCUUUUGCAGAUUCUACAAAAUAUGGGCCAAGCUCAUCCUGUCCAAGUGUGCAGCAGGGCCCUUGGCCCCCAUCACUAUCCCGGGGACAGAAGUUGGCUGUUGAGUGAGUGACAGAGCCCAUGCGAGAGGCACAUCGUGGAAGCCAACCAGCAUCUACAUCCUUGCCCACCCUGGACCCCUUUCCAGCCUUUUCCUGAGCCCCUUCUUCCUCAGUCCUCCCCUCUCUCCAGUACCUGCAGCUUGGUGGCCUUUCCCUCUUUGGCUGCGCCUCCUUCUCCAGCCUCGGUCUGGCCGCACUUCUCCCUCCUGGAACUCUCUCCAUGUGUAGUCUCUUCUAGUCUUCAGCCCCUCAUCUCUUUCCUCAGCUCUCCACUCCCCUGCUGGAUUCCAGACACGGACUUCUGUCCCUCAAGGCAUAGCUGGACUCAUCACUUUCCCCAAACCUGCCCUUCCUCCGGCUUCAUUUCGAUCAAUACCUCCAUCAUCAACCCUUCUUCUGCGAGACACUCCUGGCCCCUCCUCUCCCUCAUGCCUCACAUCCGACCAGCCAGAGGUCUAGGUCGAUGACAGCUCCUAAAAAGCUUCUGAAUGAAUAAUGAAUGAAUGAGCGCGAGCAGGCCGGGGGUGGGGCCAGGCGGGGUCGCGCCCAGACUUCUCGCGACCAUAGAGUCCCCCGGAGGCCGAAGGUAGAGGGGCUGGAUGCGUGGCGGGGCGUGCCAGGCUCUCCCGGAAGUCUCCCUGGGCGGAAGUGGAAACUGAAACCUUUUUAGGGAGUCCAAGGUACAGUCGCCGCGUGCGGAGCUUGUGGAUAGUUGGCCUCAUGGCGGUCCGAGCGUCUUUCGAGAACAACUGUGAGAUCGGCUGCUUUGCCAAGCUCACCAACACCUACUGUCUGGUGGCGAUUGGAGGUUCAGAGAACUUUUACAGGUGCGGCGGGAGCCCCAGGGCUCGCGGUGGCGGGGAAGGGUGCGCAGGAGUCAAGAGCUCCGGCAGGGUGAGGGUGCCGGCCCCUCUGUCCCGCGACCACCGAGUCCAUGUCCCUACAGUGUGUUCGAGGGCGAGCUCUCCGAUACCAUCCCCGUGGUGCACGCGUCUAUCGCCGGCUGCCGCAUCAUCGGGCGCAUGUGUGUGGGGAACAGGCACGGUCUCCUGGUGCCCAACAAUACCACUGACCAGGAGCUGCAACACAUUCGCAACAGCCUCCCAGACACAGUGCAAAUUCGGCGGGUGGAGGAGCGGCUCUCAGCCUUGGGCAAUGUCACCACCUGCAA